AUGGCCUUGAUGACUCCGACGCAUACAACGACAGCCGAGCUCACACUCAUGAGGCGUCAACUCGAUAAGCAAGAGCACGUUGUCAACACACUCGGCAUCGGCGAAGAAAUAUGCAGCAGCGGUCUCUUUGUCGGAUCUCUUGAUUUUUCUCAAUUGAUUCUGCAAAGGAUUGCUUGCGUGUUCAUGUCUCGGACAAACCCAAAAAUCGACCAGGACCCUUACAGUCUGCAGUACUCUGUGGCCAACGUUGACAUCAAGAAGAAGCAGCAACAGGAAGCCCCUACCCCUCAGAACACACCUCACUUUUCCAACCUCAACUCUUCUGCACCCCCCGCCGAUAACAUGGAGACCAUUCAGACCCCAGGAUCCGUCCUCGCCAACAACCCCCAGCUCAUGUCCAUGUUGCAGGGCCGUCUUGGCAACUUGGUCGGUGCCCCCUCCGGCUACCUCCAGACCCUGAGCCCCGACGUCCGCCGUCGUGUCAAGGGCUUGAAGUCCCUCCAGAACAAGUAUACCGCCCUCGAGAUCGAGUUCCAGAAGGAGAUCCUCGCCCUCGAGAAGAAGUACCUUGAGCUCUACACUCCCCUUUACCAGAAGCGUGCCGAGGUUGUCUCUGGCAAGACUGAACCCACCGAUGCCGAGGUCGAGGAUGGUGUCAGCGAGGAUGAGGAGGAGGACGACGAGAAGGAUGAGGAUGACGAGGACAAGGAGUUCGAGAAGGUUGAGGGUAUCCCCGAGUUCUGGCUCACCGCCUUGAAGACCAACGCUCAGUUCGCCGAUAUCAUCACCGAGAAGGAUGAGGAGGCCUUGAAGCACUUGGUCGAUAUCCGCAUGGCCUAUUUCGACAAGCCUGGCUUCCGUCUCGAUUUCGAGUUCUCGCCCAACGACAUCUUCACCAACACCAUCUUGACCAAGACCUAUUUCUACCACGACGAGCCCGGUUAUGGCGGCGACUUUGUCUACGACCACGCCGAGGGCACUAAGAUCGACUGGAAGGAGGGCAAGGAUCUCUCGGUCACCGUUGAGACCAAGAAGCAGCGCCACAAGGGCACCAACAAGACCCGCGUCGUCAAGAAGACUGUCCCCGCCGAGACCUUCUUCUCCUUCUUCUCUCCCCCCGUUGCUCCCGAGGAGGAGGACGAGGACGAGGAGGAGGAGGAGGAGGAUGAGGACAUUGAUGAGAGACUCGAGGCUGACUACGGUUUGGGCGAGGAGCUCAAGGACUCGAUCAUUCCCCGUGCCGUCGACUGGUUCACCGGCAAGGCUCUUCAGUACCAGGACAACGGCGACCAGUACGAUGACGACUUUGAGUACGAUGACGAUGAGGAGGAGGAGGACGAUGAUGAUGAGGACGACGAUGAGGUCGAUGAUGACGAUGAGCAGCCCGCCAAGGAUGAGAAGGCACCCGAGUGUAAACAACAGUGA